AUGGGUAGAGGCCAGACGAAGCUCAGUCUCACAAGAGAUCUGAUUGUGGAAAUAGCCCCAUGCUCGUGCGAGGACAGUGGCAUCGACUUCCUCCCAGGAGACUGGCUGUCUGAUCUAGAAUAUGUAGACGAUAUUGUGCUACUAAGUGAAGAUCCAGGUAAGUUACCAGCUUUCCUUGAUAGCUUGAAUGCCAGUGUAGACAUGAUUGGUAUGCGUUUUGCACCUUCAAUGUGUAAAAUGCCGUUACAAGACUGGGUUGGUCCAGCACCCAGCCUCACUCUAACUGGGGAAGUAACAAACAAAUUGUUGAAAGACAGCUCCAGCCGCUGA